AUGAAGGUGGCAAUUAUCUUUCUUCUCAGUGCCUUGGCCCUGCUCAAUUUAGCAGGUAACACUACAGCUAAGGUGAUUUUAAGAAAGGCUAAUUGCGAUGCUACAAUUCCUGGAUGUCCCAAGAAUUAUAACCCUGUGUGUGGGACUGAUAAAUUUACUUAUGCCAAUGAAUGCCUUUUGUGCUUUGAAAACAGGAAACGCCUAAAUCCUGUCCUCAUUGAAAAACUUGGGGCUUGUGAAAAUUCAAGAAUUUGA